UCCACAUCACAUGCACACAUACCAUCGUGCUCUCCGCUCGCAAGCACACACACAUACACACGCACACACACACGCAAGGUGCGAGUACGAAAACAAUUAUUUUCCACAUCGCUCCCAUAGCGCUCGCUAACGAAACGAAUCGCUGGCGAUAAGUGGAUUGGAUCGCACAUUAGAACGAUGUCAGCGGCUGGCAGAUCGGACGACGAUCCCGGCCAGAAUCCGGCCGUGGACCUAACGCCGGAUCCGGUCCCAUCCACGCCUCCGGUGGCCGAAAUCGCCGCCUCCAGUAUACGUUCCGGACUGGCUGAAUUGGAACUACGAUCAUCGCAGGUCCUGCAGCGACUGGAGAAUGUGAAGAUAUCGACGACCCCGGAGGAGGGAAGCCCCUCGACGGAGAGCAAGGAGAACCAUGAGAAGGCCACGGAUGACUACUUACUGCCGGCGGAGAACCGAGUACCCUCGGAUAUCCUCAAGUCGCUGGAGCAACUCGUCUCCUACACGGACAGCGACGAUGAUCCGGAGUUUCCACUGCCCGCUCUGGACGAUGUCUCCCACCUGGCCCUGAUAUCGCACAGCAUUGUGGCCUAUUUGUCCCACUUGGAUCGCCAGCAGCUGCUCCGGGUGACGAAUAGCAUCUCGGGUGAUGCCACCCGGUGGCUGGGAACAUUGUUUCACUUCAAUAAUCCCGCCAGUAGCUUUCACGCCGACAACGCGGAUGCAGUGCUGAGGACAGUCCGGCUGGCGAUUGUGGCCAGGUGUCCAGGAUACUUAGAGGGCGGAAUACCGGCCCUGGCCCAGCCCACGUUCUAUAUAUCGGAGAACACGACGCCCGUGAGGCUGCAGUACGCCUGCCGGCAGUUGGGCAUCCCCCUGGAUGCCAUUAAGAUCAUACCGGAGAACAGCCAGUUCGGAACGAUGGACAUCGGGCUGCUGCAGAAGCAGAUCCAGCUGGAUGUGGCGGCCAAUAGGACGCCCCUGCUGGUGGUGGCCGACAUCGGGGCCUCGCUCUGCGGCUACAUCGACAAUCUGAUCCGGCUGCGGGAUGUGUGCAAGGCGAGCAACAUGUGGCUCCAUGCCAGUGGCCACGGCCUGGCCGCCCUGGUCUGUGCCCAGUAUCCGGGCCAUGUGGAGGAUGUCCUGCACUCGAUGGCCCUGAAUUUGGGCAGCUGGCUGGGUGUGCCCAGUCUGCCCAUAGUCCUGCUGCACCGUCCGCUCCAGAACAGCGCACUGAGUGCCUUCGAAUCCGAUCCGAUCCUCUCCAGGCGCCUGAACUCACUGUCCCUGUGGACGAGCCUCCAGGCGCUCGGACGGAAGGCGAUUGCCGAGCGCCUGCACGUCGCCUUCCAGACCUGCAGCAUCCUGUUCGAGAUCGCGUCCAAGUGCGAGGGCAUCCGAGUACUGAGCCAUACGCCGGGCGCCCAAACCGGCGCCUCGCUGUCGGACAUCAUCCAGAGCCCCUUCGAUGUCCAGGCGCUGUUCGAUGCCGCCGCUCCCGUGGUGGCCUAUCAGUUUGAUGGCAGCACCACCAUUCCACUGGGGGGCAGCGGCUCCUCCUCCGCCGCCGCCGCCGCCGCAGCUGCCGCGGUUGCCGACCGUGAUGUGGUGGAUGGAUUGAAGCCACUGGAAAAGGUCAACAAUGCUUCCUACUUCGAUCGCCUCAACUCCUGGCUAGGCCAGAUCUUGCAGCGCGAUUGUCCCAAUUUCGAUUUCGAGGUCAUUGAACAUCCAACGCACGGCAGUUGCAUCCGCUACUGCCCCUUGGAACUGGGCCUGGGAGAGCAGCCGCCCAGCUCCGAGAACCUGGAGAGCUUCGCCCAGAGCCUGGAGGCCCAUGUGGACAUCCUUCGGGCCACCAUCAAGCACAAGGCGCGCUUCAUUCAUCUGGUGGAGCGCAGCGAUGUCCUGCGGCUCGUCCCCUUGCCGGAAUGGGCCGGCAUGGGCGGUGUCCGGUUUGUCCCCGAGGGCUGGGAGUCCCUCCUCACCGACCAGGCCAAAACGGAGCUGAACAAGCUCAACAUCGACCUGGUGGAGGCCCUCAAGUCCACGGAUAAUGCCUUCUCCCUGGGCGAGGGCACUGACGGGCUGAUUUGUGUGCGAUUCGGAAUGGUUACCCACGAAACGGAGGUGGAGGAGCUCCUGGACCUGGUGGUCACUGUCGGCAAGAGCGUCCAGGAGAACUCCAGGGUGUUGGACACCAUGUCGGAGAUUGUCAAGAAGGGGAUUGAGGCCGUCACUGCCGACUUGCAACGGGAAUCUGAGGAGAAGCUGUGGCAGGAGGGCAUCCUGCGACAUGUGCCCGUGGUCGGCAGGGUCUUCAACUGGUGGUCGCCGCCCGCCAAGGAGUCGGGCAUCAAGGGCCGUAGCCUAAAUCUUACCCAGGGCGUGGUCGAGAGCACCGAGAACAUAUACAAAUACCACAUGCAGAUGACCGGAGCCACUGCCCAUCAAUUGCCGGCGAAUCGAUCGCCACCCACGCCCAUGGUUCAGACGCCCGUUGGAGCACCGACCACACCCCCCGUCUUUCCCAAAGUGGAGCCCGAGGGCGUCAGCAGUAGCACCACCACCAUCCCAGCCACUCCAACGACGGAAGGGGCGGGUGAGACGGCAGCUGCCGAGGUGGCUCCUCCACCACCUGCCACCCAGAACCAUGUGGAUCAUGCUCGAACGGUCAGCCAGAGCAGUGGAGCAUCCUCGAAUGUCCCGGAACUGGUGCCAGCUAACAGUGCAAUUAACAAUAAUUAAAAAAAACAUUAAAAAAAUCAAUUAAAAUGCAAAGGCACACGCAGCAAUGGAUUUCAGAGCGGGAGAGGCCUUAAAAAAAAAACACAAAAACACUUAGGAAGCAGUCAGAAAAUAUUAAAAUUAAAUAUCAAAAUAACAACAAUGCUGAUAUUAAAAAAUGUAACAGGCUUAGCUAAAAAAAAGGCUUCAUUUCGAAAACUUUCCCUUAAAAAAAUGAUAAGAAAAAUAAGAAUUCCAAAGAAUUGAAUGAUGAUGACCAGAAAAAAAUCCAAUAUAAUUGCUUUUACGUAUUUAUAUAUAUAUACCUGUAUUUCCAUACCCACGAUGAUGAUCUUUAUAUAUAUAUCUCCACAUUAUAUUAUAUAAUUUUACCUUA